AUGUCGGAAUUCAGCAUCACCGAGACCUAUUUGAAGUUCUUGAAGGAAGAUCCAGAUAUGACUAUGCCGAUUGCUGCUAUAGAGUCAUUAGUCACAUUACUGCGAGUCAAGAAUCCCGAGACAGCAGCAGAAAUGAUCAACACAAUCAAGUCCGCAGCAAACGAGCUGACACAAUCUAUUCCAAAUUCCAUCUCUUUGAAAGCUGGAUGUGAUAUCUUUAUGCGUUUUGUGCUAAGAAAUACACAUCUAUAUGGUGAUUGGGAAAAUUGUAAAGAACAUUUGAUCGAGAAUGGUCAGCUGUUUGUUUCCAGGGCAAAGCUUACCAGAGAUAAAGUUGCACAGAUAGGUGUCGAUUUCAUAUCUGAUGAUGACAUUAUCUUAGUACAUGGAUUCUCAAGAGCAGUUUACUCGCUAUUGAAGCAUGCAGCUGAAAAAUUCAUUAGAUUCAGAUGUGUGGUGACAGAAUGUAGGCCUACAUCUCAAGGUGAACAAUUAUACUCGUUACUGCAAGAAAAGGGGAUUCCAGUCAUUAUGGUCGUCGAUGGGGCAGUCGGGGCUGUCAUUGACCAAGUAGACAAGGUCUUCGUCGGUGCUGAAGGCGUAGCCGAGUCCGGUGGUAUAAUCAACGUUGUUGGUACUUACUCUGUUGGUGUGCUGGCCCAAAAUGCAAGAAAGCCAUUUUACGUGGUGACAGAGUGCCACAAGUUUGUGCGUAUGUUCCCAUUAUCACCCGAUGACUUGUCUAUGCAAGGAAAAUCGCUGGAUUUCACUAGGAAGAGUGAUGAAGAGGACCAGCAAGAAAUUCUGCGUGGACCUAGACUGGACUACACGGCCCAAGAAUAUAUAACAGCCUUGAUAACAGAUCUUGGAGUACUUACGCCCAGUGCCGUCUCGGAGGAAUUGAUUAAGAUGUGGUACGACUGA